AUGAAGCGAGUCGUAAACGGACCAUCAGAAAAGCUAAUCUGCCCAGUUUGUGGUGAGUAUCAGUGCAUAACUACCUUUGACUUACUUCUGACCACCAGGGACGUCUUACGUCGCCAUCUUCAACGAUGCGGGCCCAAGGGAGAUUACCAACCUCCCACUCAAGGAAAGCCAGGGAGAAAGCGAAAAUCAUGUAACGCCUGCGUUACAGCGCGAGUAUUCUGUGACGGAGAGGUUCCUUGCGAGGCCUGCUUACAAAAGGGUCUGAAUUGCUCGUUCAGCCGCACGCGCGAGGAGUCACCUAGAUUCCCCGAGGCUAGCCAAGCCAUAACUCGUCAAUUACCGGAAGAUAUCAAUCCGUCAACGGAAAGGGAGCCAUGCUAUCGCCCCGCAAAGUUGUCAAUACCAUUUCUUCUACAUUAUACAAAUGUAGAGAGUGAAUCGAAAUACGAAAGUCUCCGCCUGCUAUCUCAAUGUACGGGUGCGGAUCCGCAAGUCGGUUGUUGUGCUGUGGACCAUCAGCCAGGAAAUUCAUGCUUCCUCACAGAUCCUUGGGAAAGGAUGUUUCACUCUUUCAUCUAUACUGCUAAUCUGGACCCACCAUGCGACUCGCAAAUCAGUGCGACAUACUCGUUUGAUCAUGCAGAUCUUGAGAGCACUUCCGCCGAGCUCCUAGGAAUAAUCGCUUGCUCUGAACAACAAGAUGCACUGGGUCAGGAAUCCCUGGGCAUUAAUAAGGCCAGGCAACUAUUCACCCCUUUUAACAUCGCCAAAUUCAUUAGAGCAUUCUUUGACAAUCCAUUUCACACUCACUACAUUACUCCGGCCGCAUUCAGGUUGAACAAAGCCUCAAAUCUUCUUGUUCUCACAAUGGUGCUACUAGGUGCAAUUUACAAUAAUCCUUACCGCUCAGAUGAUUUGGCAACAUACUCAAACAUCACCGAACACCUAGUCUUUGAAGGACCGUCUUUUAAGAAGCUGUUAGAUGGAAAUCGUGAAUCCCUUGAUUUUGGUGACACCCUGGAAACCCUUCAAGCUGCAAUGCUUGUCGUUAUUCUGCAGUCCUAUAAGGAAAACCCUGAUAGCAUACGCCGCAUUCGCUUGCAACGCAUGCCGACUAUCUUUACUGUUAUUCGUCUUCUCGAGUUGAAUAAGAUUACGAAUGACUGUAUUCCUGGGGUCUCAGACUGGGGCACAUAUCUUCUCCGUGAAAGUCUUGUCAGAGUCAUGGCGGGCAUCUACCUGCUGGACUGUUAUUGUGUUAUCUUCUUUCGCUAUCCGACCCUUCUGAGACUCGAUGAGACAGCUUUCGAAAUACCGCAACGGGAUGACCUAUUCCAUUCUCACAACGCCGCUGAAUGGGAGGAACUAUCAUUGAAGGAUCAGAAACCCCACGUAUCAUUACGAUUGCGGACCGUUCUUCGCGACUUCAUGAGGCCCGAAGGACAACCUCCUCAACACGGGGAAUAUUCUCCGAAUACUAUAUUCGGGUCAUUUAUUGUUCUUUCAGCUAUACAAUGCGUAUUAUUUGACCUGUUAGCCAUGCACACAUUCAUGGAUGACAUUCGUGUCUUUGAACCGGUGGAACGUGCCUUGGAUCGGUGGAAGAUACACUGGGACUCUUUGUGCCAAGGUAUUGAACCAAGUACUGCCAAACGAGCCGGAUUCAUAAUCCAUGCUGCAGAAUUCUGGUGUGUUGCCAAGGCUCUCAUAAAGCACCCAUCUGCUGCGUGGCCUGAAGACAGCAAGGAUACGUUGGAUACGACACAAAGCUUUCGUCGGCUGGUGGACAGGUUGAUGGCUGAUGAUGAUACUGCCAAGGGAGUUUAGCACGUUCU